GGGGGGAGGAGCAGCUCCUCCUCCUGACGCCGCCGCCGCCGCCCUGAGGCCUGAGGUCGGGCCGCGGGAGGGGAUGUGGCGCCGCCUGGUGCCGGACAGGGCCGCCUGGCCUCGGGCCGGAGGGGUGGGUCCGGCCACCUGGCGAGGGAUCCACCGGCCCCCAACGGGGAGACCAGAGAGGCCGAGAGAGCGCGGGGGUCAGGCCGGGCAGCGCGACAGGGGAGCCCGGGGCCUGGUGCCACAAGCUCCAACCUGGCAAGCGCUCGAGGAGCAUCAACUCCCAGAGAGAACGGAAGUGACUCCGGAUAUGAUUGACCAUCUGGAACGGCUGGCACUUGUAGAUUUUCAGAACCAGGAGGGUGUGGAGACACUGGCAAAGGCCAUACAGUUCGCUGAUCGGCUUCACCUUGUGGACACUGAGGGAGUGGAGCCCAUGGAUUCAGUCCUGGAGGACAGAUGUUUGUACCUGCGUGUGGACGAGGUCACUGAGGGUUACUGUGCAGAGGUGCUGCUCAGCGGCGCGAGCCAAGUUGUAGAGGAAUACUUUGUGGCCCCACCAGGCAACAUCCCACUGCCAAAAAAAGAAGAGAGAGAAUCUUUUGGAGUGCAGAAUUGUGACUGGUAAAAGAAUGCCAAGUCAUCAAUAAUAGACAAUAUUUAUCAAAGAAGUAAAUCAUUCUUAAACUGGAAGGAUUUGAAAUUCAGUCUUUCCCAUAGACUGCUUGAAAUCACCUGACAUUGUUCCCUUGAGGGUCACACUCUGUAUGAAUAAUGCCAACUUGUGCAAGGUCUCAAAGGGUAAAAUGUACUGGUCGACUGAUACCCAAGGAAAAGAACCAAAUCAAAACACGUUCAGAAGAUGGUGACAAUGGCCAUUGAAUGUGGAGUUUGAGGAUUUUAGAGAAACCUUUCAAAUAAAAAUGUUUUUCUUGUCCUAAAA